AUGGAAACACCGGGCGCCAGAGAAACCAUAGAGACACCGAUUACAAUCCUGCUACUCGGUGACGCGGGAUGUGGGAAAUCGACUUUCCUAUCGGGUCUAAAGUGUAUUAGAGGCCAAAAGCCGGGAAGCAGCCCAGAGGAACCAAUAGAGCUUCUCCGCGAUGCCGACCAACCGUUCGUAUACGAAAUAAAUUUCUCUAAAAAGUCAUUUACCCUUGAGGUAUAUGACACGGGGAACCCUAAUCAGCAUUGGACUACGCUUCAACCGGAUGCUGUGCUCUUGGCUUUUGAUAUUUCGAAUCGAAAGACUUUGGACGGUCUCAAGGAGUGGCGAAACGAUGUUAUCCGCUACUUCCAGCAGGGAGAAGGCGAACGAAUUCCCGUCAUGAUGGUAGGGUUGAAGAGGGAUCUGAGAAAGCCUGGUGCAGGGCUCAUUUAUCCUCAAGAAACAUACAGGAUUGCACAAGAGCUGCGCUGUGAUCGGUAUGCAGAAUGUUCCGCUGUCACUGGGGAGCUCAUGACGCAGACUUUUGAGGAUCUAGCGAGGCUUGCGUACAUGACUACUACGGCCGAAGGGGGCCAGACGAAAGGGGGCUGCGUUGUUAUGUAA